AUGGGAGGAGAAGAUAACAGCUCAGCUGCAAAAAACAAAGUGGCUGCUGAAGGAGCUGCAGCAACACCUCCGUCCAAGAAUCCAAAGCCUAAGGAUCACAGGUGCGCUGCUCGCGUUGCCUGCGUUGCCGGAGCCGGUGAUGUUUUGGAGCUUUUGCUUCAGGCCGGAGCAGACAGGGAUGUGAUCAAUGAGAAGGGAGAGUGCCUCUUGCAUACGGCGGCCGCGAAUGGUAGCAUGGAGUGUAUUCGACUUUUGCUCGACCUCGGUGCUGACAUCGAGUCUGCUGAGGAAAGUGGCUUCACGCCUUUGCACAUUGCGGCCCAGAGUGGCCGUAUCCAGGUGUUUCGCCUCCUUUUAGAGGCCGGCGCAAACAGAGAUGCCCUGGACCAAACUGGAGCAAGUGUUCUACACACUGCCGCAGAGCACGGGCAAGUGGAGAUAAUCAGCUACCUUCUGGGCCUCGGGAUGAAUAUAGAGGUGACAGAAGAGGCCGGGGCUACGCCCCUUUAUGUCGCAGCUGAGAGCGGCAAGCUCGAGGCAGUUCGAUUCUUGAUCCAGGCUGGGGCUUACAUAGACACCGAAGAUGAAUCAGGGGCAACACCGAUAUACACAGCGUCUCAGCAUGGACAUGCUGAUGUGGUCGAUUGCCUUGUGAAGGCAGGAGCAGACAAGGAAAAAUGCAAGAGGUAUGGUGGAAGUCCAUUAACCAUUGCAACUUGGCAUGGUCACAUAGAUGUGCUGGAUGCACUUGACGAGGAUCUGGAAAGUUUUAAAACACAGAAGUCUGGAUUCUUACAGGAGCUACAAGCUCUAUUAGAUGAAUGCGGUGGUGGCAGUUUGUUCAGCAGAUAG